AAGCGGUGCCCGCCCCCCGCCGUCUGGGAACUGGAAAGCUACGGCAGCAAGAAAGAAACGUUAGAGGCUUCGCCUCUCUGCCGGGUCUAGGCCGGCGUCUCAAGGCCCGGCAGCCCGGAGGCGGCCACUGGACCUCGGCUCCCAGGAGGCUGAGCACCGCGACCUCGGGGCACCCGGCGGAGCGCAAAGCAGGACGGGCCAACGCGGGCGGGGCAGCGCUCCGAGGUAGUUCGUCCUCUCCGGAGAGCCGUAGACGUCAGGGAACCGGCCCCGGCGGAGUCCACGUGACUGUGGGGUCGCCCGGCAGGAACCAUGGCGGCGUCCAGGCCGUUGUCUCGCUUCUGGGAGUGGGGGAAGAACAUCGUGUGCGUGGGCAGGAACUACGCGGACCACGCCAGGGAGAUGAAGAGCGCGGUGCCCAGCGAGCCGGUGCUCUUCCUGAAGCCGUCCACCGCCUACGCCCCCGAGGGCUCGCCCAUCGUCAUGCCUGCCUACAGCCACAACCUGCACCACGAGCUCGAGCUGGGCGUGGUGAUAGGCAAGCGCGGUCGCGCAGUCCCGGAGGCCUCAGCCAUGGACUACGUAGCCGGUUAUGCCUUGUGCCUGGACAUGACCGCUAGGGACGUGCAGGAAGAGUGCAAGAAGAAGGGGCUGCCCUGGACUCUGGCUAAGAGCUUCACAACCUCCUGCCCCGUUAGCGCGUUCGUGCCCAAAGAGAAGAUCCCUGACCCUCACAAGCUGAAGCUCUGGCUCAAGGUCAACGGGGAACUCAGGCAGGAGGGUGAGACAUCCUCCAUGAUCUUUACCAUCCCGUACAUCAUCAGCUACGUUUCUAAGAUAAUGACCUUGGAAGAAGGAGAUAUUAUCUUGACUGGGACGCCCAAGGGAGUUGGACCCGUUAAAGAAAACGACGAGAUCCUGGCUGGCAUAGACGGGGUCCUCAGUAUGAAAUUUAAGGUGGAAAGGCCAGACUACUGAUUCUGCAAAGCACCCAAACUUCCCCAAAGUCUCCUCGGCAACACUCCCUGUGAGACUACAGGAAUGGAGGGUACCUGUGUGAUCAGUAAGAUCUAUUAGCAUAUCGAAGCUGGCAAAAACAGAUUUAAAUUCCGAAGAAUCUUUGUUGCA